AUGAAGCUAGGAAGCAUUCUCAUACUUUUGGUUGCUUUGUUUACUCUCUUCAAUCUCACCUUUGGAUCAGAUGUAGGUGAAGAAGAACCUAAUAUCAUGUUUUGCCCUAGACUUCUUAAAGGAUUGAGUGGUGACUGUCUGCAUGCUCAACGUGACUGCAAUGAUGAAUUCAAUGCAAGGUAUAAGGGUGCACAGGCUCGUCGUUGCAGAUGUGACACUACUGGUAAUACACACACAUGCUCAUGUUGUAUAGUUUGUGGAUUAAAUGAGGCUGAGAAUAACUUUCCUUUUGUAAGCAAAGAUGGUUUUAUCCCCGAAUGCUAA